AUGGCUUCUGCUAGUGCUAAUAAAAGACGUAGAGCUGAAACUGAAAGUGGAAGAGGAGGUCGUAUAUUUAACCCAUCUUGGACAAAUGAGUAUUUUGUAAUGGAGCAAAAUAAUUCAAUUAUGUGUCUCAUUUGUUUUGAAAAAAUUGCCGUGUGCAAAAUGUAUAAUGUUAAUAGACACUAUACUACAAAACAUGCAGCAACUUAUGAUAAAUUCAAGGGCCAAUUUCGUGUUGAUAAGGUAGAACUGCUAAAGAAAAAUUUUAUCGGGCAACAAUCAAUAAUGAAAAGUAAAGUAAUUAGCUCAUACAGUGCUACCAAAAUAAGUUUUUUAAUUGCAGAAAAUAUUGCAAAAAGUGGUCAACCUUUUUCUACUGGAGAUUUAAUAAAAAACUCUAUAAAACAAUUUUGUAAUGAGGUAUGCCCUGAAAAAAUACAAUUUGCUGAAGAUCUCAGUCUUUCACACCAGACAAUUGCAAGAAGGGUUGAAGAUCUAUCAAAGAAUAUUGAAUUAGCAUUGAAAGAAAAACUAUGUAAGUGUGAAGCAUAUAGUCUGGCACUUGAUGAAUCAACAGAUAGAAGUGAUACGGCUCAGUUAGCUAUUUUUAUUAGAUUUAUAACAAGUAAUUUUGAAAUAAUUGAAGAACUGUUGGAUUUCAGGCACAUGAAAGGCACUACUAAAGGGGAAGAUAUUCUUUCUGAAGUCAAAAAAACAAUGAUAAAGUUUGAUUUGCCAGAAACAAAACUCUCUGGUGUCACUACAGAUGGAGCAAGUUCAAUGAAAGGAAAAAAUAUUGGAUUUGUGGCAUUAUUUAAGAAAUCCAUUAAUCACAACAUUCUUUCAUAUCACUGUAUUAUACAUCAGGAACAGUUAUGUGCAAAAGUAUUAGAAAUGAAAGAAGUCAUGGAAAUUGUUAUCCAAACUGUUAAUUUUAUAAGAAGUCGUGGCCUUAAUCACAGACAGUUCAAACAAUUGCUUGAGGAUUGUGGAAGUGAGGCAGAAGAUGUAAUUUAUUUCUGCCAAGUUAGAUGGCUUAGUCGAGCUGCAACUUUGAAAAGAUUUUGGAUAUUAAUACCUGAAAUAAUAAAGUUUCUAAAAAUUAAAGAUAAAGACACAAGCUUUCUUGAAAAUAAUGACUGGCUGAAUGAUUUGGCAUUUUUAGUUGACAUUACACAGAUAAACAUUUGUUUUGAAAUUGAAACUUCUCAAACAACAAUUAAGUCAAAAUCACAUUUUAAAACAUUGUCAGAAAGAAAUACCAACACAGUUGACUAUGAAAAAUAUUGUAAUCUUAUUUUAAAAGUAAUUGAUGAAUUUGACACAAGAUUUUGUGAUUUUAAAGAAGUAAAGAAUGAGUUAGACUUAUUUUCACAUCCAUUUUCCAUUAAAGUUGAGAUAGUAAGAGAUGAAUUUCAAAUGGAAUUAAUAGAACUACAAAACAAUAAAGAUUUGAAAGAUGCUUACAAAGAUGUUGAAUUGUUAGAACUUUAUAAAAAAUACAUGAACAUUGAAGUUUAUCCACAUUUGUGCAAACACGCUAUGAAAUACUUUUCCCUUUUUGGAAGCACAUACAUCUGUGAACAAUUUUUUUCAAGAAUGAAACAUGUUAAAUCAGAGCAGAGACAUAGGUUUAAAGAUGAACACCUCACUGAUACACUUCGGAUUUCAUCGUCCACUAUAAAAGCUGACAUUGAUCAAUUGUGUAAAAAUAAACAAUGCCAAGUUUCCCAUUAA